AUGCCCUAUCCUCCCCCUAUUACCUACGCCACUCUCGCCUCUCCUCUCCCUUCUGCCCCGUAUAUCCUCGGGAUCACCCCAUCUCCCAGCACUCCCCAUCUCAUUCUCCGCCAUCCAUCACCUUCUCUGACCAUCGCCGACAACCAGACACUCCAACCUGUGGGCGAACUGUCCGGAGGGCACAAUGGUCAUGUCAGUGCUGUCAGCUAUGGAGAGAGUGAACUUUGGAGCUCCGCUAUGGAUGGAAGUAUCGUCAGGUGGGACGAGAGGAGCCGGAGCAGGGCGACUGUCAUCAAAGGCUUGUCCGCGAUUCACUGCAUCUUAUUCCGAGCUGACUACUGCCCAGCGUUUAUCAGGAAAUCCCUUCCCGUGACUGCCUUGACGCACUCUGCAUCCGACAAUCUGGUUAUCGGCGGUACAGAGCUUCUGUCAUCUGAAGCCCACAUAAUGUUCUGGGACCCCCGAAACUCGGGUACACCCCUCUACACCCACUCGUCCACCCACUCUGACGAUAUCACUCACCUCUCCCUCAUCACUGGAUCCUCCGCCUUCCUCCCUCGAUCAGUCAACCCCGAAGUCCACACACCUAGUACUCUCCUGCUCUCAUCCAGCACCGACGGUCUCAUCGCUCUGUCGAAUAUGAAAGAGUCGGACGAGGACGAAGCUGUGGUAGCGGAAGAGAAUUGGGGACAGAGUAUUGCCGAUGCGGGAGGGUACCUUAAUAAGGGCAAGAUGAGGGUCUGGGCGAGGAGCGAUAUGGACGAGAUGGCCAUCUGGAGCGUAGGCAGGAGUGGGGAGGGCGAGGUCGAACUCCAAGACCAAGUCGCCUAUCCUUCUUCAGAGUUCAAGUUCAGAACUUUUACCCCUCCCAAGUCAGGUCCCAACAUCACCCAGACGGCGCUGGAUGAGUUCAAAGCAAAGGCGACGUACAAGUCGGACUACCUGAUCGGGGCUGUCCCGAGUUUGGGCGUUAGCAGUGCUGGCGGUCCUAUGGUUGCCGUUGGUACCAACGACGGCGAUAUCAUCCUCCAACAUCACUCUUCCUCUGCAUCCUCUUACCGUCCCUCCGCAUACUUCAUCACUGGCCCCGCCACCAACCGAGGCCACAAAGACGUCGUCCGCGCACUCUUCCAUGACCUGCCCAACGAGGCCCUCUAUACUGGAUCUGAAGACGGGGUCCUUGCUGGCUUUUCCCUCGCCUCUCUGCCCGAGCGACUCACGGUGGGCGACAAGGAUGUGGAUGAUGAUGGAGAUGCUCGGGAAGAGGAAGAUGAAGACAUGGAUGAGGAGAGCGAGAUUGAGACGGAAAAUAGCGAGGAGAGUGAUAAGGAUGACGAUGAGGACAUGGAGGAUGAGGGACCGAGGUAUGGGCCUGUGAUUGGGGCUGCUGCUACCGGGCGUGAUGGGCUGGAUAAGAAGGGUGACCGACGGAAGAAGCGAUUUGGACCAUACUAG